CAGAUAUCCUACGAUUUGCAAAAGAUGUCUGCAUGAAUAAUAUGAUGAUGCCCACCACAACCAGAAAGAGAAAGCAGUCCUCCCUGGACUCUGAUAGGCACCCAGCCAAGAAGGGGGUGAGGCGGGAGUUGUCACCUGUAAAGAGGAGGUCUCCAAGAAAGCCUCAGCAGUCUCCUACCAGGAAGAAGCCAGCUGGCUGUCUGGACACCUCGCCACAGAAAUCUCAUUGCAGACCAGCAGGCUCUCCAGCUGGAUCACCCCGAAAAUCUCCAUUCAAACCUUCCUUGGUCACGAGCUCCUUCUAUGGCAAAAAGAAUCCAGUCUAUCUCACUCCACUUGAGAGGAAAGCACUGAAGGACUCUCUGCCUUGUCCAGCUGCUCCACCCUCUCCUACGAUGACCCAAAAGCCAGAAAAGAAGACAACAAAGAACAUUAAGGGAGGCAGUAAGCCAAGAAAAGUAGCAGGAUCUAGUAAAGGGGGGAAGAUGGGUACCAAAAGCUACUCAACAUCGAUAAAGAGGAUCAAGCUGUCCCAACCAAAACCCAGCAGCAGCAGUGUCGCAGCUAAACCGACUCAUCCUCCUACCGUUGCACCUACCAGCAACAAACCCACAGAGUCCAAGAAAGCAAUCACCAUCACUUUCAGCAACCUGAAGCCUAAGCCGAAGAUAUUUGUUGGAGCUGCUUUCUUCGGUACAGGGAAGAAACCUACAUCCAUGUACAAGAAAACUGCGCCAAAGUCUUCAACCAGGCCGUCUGCAGCCGUCCUACCGCAGACAAAGGGCAAAGAAUCAAAGCAGCCGCAGGGUGCUCUGGCAGAAAACCAACAGCAGAAAGAACCUGAAAAGACUGCCGUCAAGCCGCUGAGGACGUAUGAGAACAAACCAAGCACAAAACAGAGAAUGAAGUUUGAUCCAACAGACUGGACGGACUCCGUUAAUGAAGAGCCUGCAACUCCACAGCCAUCAAGCUCCUCUAAAAUUGGGCUGGACAAACACGGGAUUACUCACGAGCUCAUGGUUACGUUGUUGAGAUCUCCAACACAACACAGCUCCACAUCACCAGCCUCCUCCUCCACCAGUCAGGAUACUCCUACAACAGAAGGUGGCUCUGAGCCAGCCUUUGAGCUGAGUUACAUAAGCCCCACCAGCACUAACUCCAACUCUCCCAAAGAGCCCACAGCAGUCUAUCCCAUAUUUGGUUCUGCCUCUAAAAGGUCAAAGAGCGCAGCUCUGCGACCUCCUGUGUCCUGCAGCACCCCUUCUGGUCCGACAGCAUCGCUACAGACUCCAGCUUCAGCCGUUAAAGAGCGAAGCAUUCGCAGGAAGAAAGAGAAGCAGGAUGAUGACCAGCUCAUCAUUGAUGCUGGUCAGAAACAGUUUGGUGCAACGACCUGCAGCUCAUGUGGAAUGGUGUACAGCGCAGACAACCCAGAGGACAAUUUCCAGCACACCCAGUUCCACCAGCGCUUCCUUGAUUCCAUCAAAUUUGUGGGCUGGAAGAAGGAACGGGUGGUGGCUGAGUUCUGGGAUGGAAAAAUCCUCCUGGUCAUGCCAGAUGAUCCCAAGUACGCCAUCAAAAAGGCAGAGGAUGUGCGGCGUGUAGCGGACAAUGAGCUGGGGUUCCAGCAGGUGGCUCUGAGCAGACCAACUCAGGCUAAAACCUACCUGUUCAUCAACACAGAGCGACUGGUGGUAGGAUGCCUCGUCGCUGAACCCAUACGACAGGCUUACAGAGUCCUUGAACAGCCAGAUCGACACAAGGACAUGACAAAGGACGACUUCAUGGAGAGACACAGAGCCUGGUGUUGCUCCACUGUCCCAGAACAAGCUCUGUGUGGAAUCAGUCGGAUCUGGGUCUUCAGCCUGGCCAGGCGACAGGGCAUUGCCACCCGCAUGCUGGACACAGUGAGGAGUACAUUCAUGUACGGCAGUCCCCUAACCAAGGAAGAAAUCGCCUUCUCUGAUCCGACACCUGACGGCAAACUGUUUGCCACCAAGUACUGCAACACACCAACCUUCCUUGUUUACAACUUUGUUGCAUGAGUUUGGAAGGAAUUCAAAAUUUGUCCCUGUUCCUCUGAAAUGGCAGUUGGUUUAAAAUUGUCUCUUCAUAUGCAAAGCAACAAGUGUUCAGGUUUUUCCAUGCUGAUUAGGCCAGGCUGAGUUUUGUCUCCAUUUAAAUCUUGGCUGUAUACAGUGAUCAGCCACAGCAUUAAAACCAGCCACGAUGCUGGCAUUGAUCCUUUUGGUCCUGUGGGUUAAGCCUUUGUUGAUCAGGCUUGUUUUAUCACACAGUUGCUCAGACUGCGGUUUGAGGAGUUUGGAGGUCGAAUCAGAACGCUGAACCUCCCUGUUGUGUUCCCGAAUAUGGUUUUAAAAGCUCAUGAAUCAGUAUUUAUAUUCAGGACUGCUUUCUUCACUGUUGAAUGUUUUUGUUUAAUGGCAAUGCUUUCAUGUGUCCAAUUUUUUUUUUCUUUAUAAGGAACUUGAAUCCUGACUGAAGACGUUUCUCAGUUUGCUUUCAGUUUGAAGUAUUUGUCUUCAUGUUCAAAUUAAGGACAGAAAACUAGAAACCUCUUUGCUACAUGCUCAUCUGAGCAGAAUGUCUUUGUGCUCCGGGCUUGACAUUUUCUGGAGAUGUUUAUAGAAAAGGUGGAUCCUUUUGUUGUUUUGAGGCUUUGUAAAUGCAUCUAAUAAACACGUUAAGUUUG